AUGUUGUGUGUUGCAGGUAACUUGAUGGUGAUUCUUGUGGUGACUUUCUCGCAUCGUCUGCGUUCCAUCACCAAUUUCUUCCUAGCGAACCUCGCUGUUGCUGAUUUCUGUGUGGGAAUCUUCUGCGUGUACCAGAAUAUCUCGAUAUAUCUCGUAUCCAGCUGGAUGCUUGGGGACACGCUGUGCAAGAUGUACCAGUUCGUGCACAGUCUCAGUUACACAGCCUCCAUCUUCAUCCUUGUAGUGAUCUGCACAGAGCGCUACUUCGCCAUCAUCCACCCAAUCACGUGCAAGCAGAUCCUGACACCCAGGAGACUCGUGAUGGUGAUGGUUGUGGUAUGGGUAGCCAGUGCUCUAUACUCCUUCCCUCGUUUUAUCUGGGUGGGGACUGUCACCACAAACUUGUCGAAUGGCAUGACGGAGACAAUUUGCAUCACUCAGCGCCGGAAGUACGACUCGAAGCUGUUCGACAUUAUCAACUUCUCCGUGCUGUAUGUGGCGCCACUCGCCGUCAUGAUGGUGCUGUACUCCCUCAUCGCCGUCACGCUGUGGCACAGCAGCUGGGGACUAGAGCGGCACUACCUGACUAACGGAACCUCGUCCCCACUCAGUCAGACUUCCAGAGGUGAUGGACCCUCACUGAAGAUAAGGUUCCAAAAGCGUCCAGUGUCAGGGAGUCAGGUCACAAUUAACCGAAUUAGCAGUGCUUGUGGGGGAAGCGGUUCCGCUGUCUUCCGCAGCAAAUCUUCGCCUGGAUCAUCCCUGAUCUCAGAAUCAUACCACACGUCUUCCUCACAGAAAGUUCUGAGAGCACGGCGUGGCGUCAUAAGAAUGCUUAUAGUCGUCGUUCUGACCUUCGCAAUCUGCAACCUGCCAUACCACGCCCGCAAGAUGUGGCAGUACUGGUCUCAUGAUUACGAUGGAGGUAGCACUUUCUCCUCCCUCUUCACACCUCUUACAUUUCUUGUCGCUUAUUUCAAUUCUGGAAUCAAUCCUCUUUUAUACGCCUUCAUGUCACGUAAUUUCCGUAAAGGGAUGAGGGAGCUUCUGUGUUGCUCUAUUCGUGGCGGAGGCAGGGGUAGAGGGAGUCAGCGUCAUCAGACCUCAUCUCUGAUGAGACGAAGCUCCACUCGAACCACCACCAAGGCUCUCAGCGUUACAGCGAACCCCGACAGCUGACUAGAGAAAUGUUCGUUGCGGCGAUCCAGGACUGUAAACCGCUCAGCCAAGUCGAGGAUUUCCGUUAGAAGAAGAAACUCACUACAGAAUAAUCCUUACGCGUUGAACGAGAUGCAGAACAUAGACACGAGACCAGACCCAUUUGUGACUCGCUCCAGUAGCACGGCUACCGUCAUUUCUGUCGUUCCUGAACGCUGUUCGUACAAACCAAGGACAAACAUCCAGGAAGACAACGAAACCGCUUUGUGACACAAAGCUGAUGACAUGGUGAAGACAUCUUUGUUUCUACGUUGAGCGCACUUUUCUUUAUGGCGGAAAAUUAUAUUUCUCGUGAAACAAUGCGAGAGAAUUAACGUGGGAAUUAUACUUCCCAAUAACCUAUGCGAACACUUGACAUGAAAAGCAUGCUCCGGUUUGAAUAUAAGAAAGCAGAAAUAUUUCGGUACCUGGUACAACAAACACAGUUCAAAAUUGAGGAAAGUUAAGUAAGAGAAUUCACAAUAUACACAAAAGGAGUAAACCUUGAUGUUCUUGUGGUGAUGACUAUUACAAUUGCAGUUUUCAUGGAUAUGACUCUGUGUUGUUCGGUAGAUAGUUAUAAGCGUUUAGAAGGAAACUUCUGCCUCCAUUUUCGGGGUAAAAAUGUGAUUAAUUUUCAUCGUCAUCUGCUCCUUAAUACUGUAAUGACGGCAUGACAGCCGUGUUGGGUGUGUACUUUUACUAGUGCUAAAACUAAAUAUAUGCCCAAAAUUUACAAAACUUGGAGAAAUACAGAAAACUGGAAUUACAUCUUCGCUGAAACAAAUGAAGAAGUAAUUUAAGUAAUCAGGUUAUUUCUCUAUCAUUCAAAUACGAAUACAAAUUUGUGAGAUAGAACAGUGUGUAAAGUAAUAUCUUCUGGAAUAUGACGCCGUGAAAUCCGCUGAAAUUUAAUCGACAUUUCGGAGGAAUAUGUCGCCUCCA